AUGGACGUGUCAGGCCUGGAGGAGAUGGAUUCUCACCUGCGAGUGAACCCUGAGCUCUCUGAGAGUCUGAGCCUGCAGCACACGGUGAACUGCUCGCCUGUUUGAACCGCCUCCACCGCAGCGCUCCCCACACCCAGCAUUGUCUCUGAGCGAAAAAAAGCAACGAUCCGUCAUGUUGCAACACUUGUCUGUUGGCAGGUGGCGGCAAACCUGAAAAGAGGAGAGGUGCAGAGAGGAGUAUUGUGCAGGAGUGAAGGCUUUGAGGUAAGUGAUUAAGUCGGAGCUCUAAUUAUCGGUCCUGUCUGAACAGGACUGAGACGCUCUUGUUCUUUCUGAGCAGAGAGGCAGGUAUAGAGGCCCGUCACUCACCGCACACUUUUAUUUAAUGACCUCCUGACUGUACAGGGAAAAAAAAGAGAAGUUUUCCUCUUACCUAACUCCGAACUUUCAGCAGCACACAAUCACUCCAGCUUUUCACGUCAGAGGAGAGACGCAAACAGCGGCGGAGAAAGAACCAACAAACCCUGAAACUGACGAAUGAGGGGAAGGAGCCGCCGGCACACAGAGGGGCCGUUGUUCGCUGGAAAGACUGAUGCAGGUGAAAGGGGGGGGGGGUAGAGUCCUGCGCUGAUUUAUAUCCCCCGUCUGUCAUCACGCUGUUGUCAUGGUGAUCAUUUAUCACUAAGAUUGUGAAAACAGUCCACCGGACAAAGGUAGGCGCCAACGUGUGCAGCUGAGGAUGAAUGGAUGAAGUUUGAAAGUUGAAUUGAGUGAUUUUAGAGACUCUGAUGAUCCUCAGACCACCAGGGAUGCUGGAUCUGGACUGGGAGCUGAGAACAAGCUGAGUGGACAUCUACUCUCUAUAAACUGAGGAUGCAGCAUCUAUGAUUUCUAGUUCUUCGUUGAAAGGACAACUGGACUUACUGGAGACGUAUCAUUGUAGGCGUAAUGUCUCCAGUAAGUCCAGUUGUCUCUCCAUGCGCUGAUUUCCACUCCAGAGUCUGUUUUUCAGGUCCCAAAACUUUGAACAAGCCGAGAAGAUGGAGCAUCGUACAGCCAUGAUGGACGCGCUACUUUUUCUAAAGAGGAGACCAACGCUACUCCUCUACUCUGGGGAUUACGGGGGCGUGGCACACGCACACAUGUGUUGUCCGAUCGUACUCCGGGUCCUCACACACCGGGGCCGACGCGGAGAUAGAACGCCAAAUUAUGAAAUAUUCAGAGAGGAAUUUUGACGCUCCUGACUAAAGACAUCAAGUCUGAUGUGAUUUUACGACUUUCUGGAGGGAAAAAGACGCGUCCCUGGGAAGACUUUACCCGGGGAAAGUCCCGCCUCCUUCGCCUCUGAUUGGCUAGAAAAGAUGGAAACAUCAUCACACACUCAAGCCGAACAGUCAGCACUUACAGCCAAUCAGGGUCGAAGGAGGGCGGGACCUUCCGUCACGCUCUUCUCAGACUCUUAGGAAACUCUAAAUCACCCAAAGGUCGAGGCGUUUUAGGAGAGGGUUGUUUUUUUAAAUAUAAAAUAUUGAUCCGACUGAAAAAUAUUAAAUAUAUUAUAAUAAUAUUAAUAAUAUUAUAAUAAUAUUAUAAUAAUAUUAUUAUAAUAUUAUUAUAAUAUUAUAAUAAUAUUAAUAAUAUUAAUAAUAUUAUAAUAAUAUUAAUAAUAUCAGAGUUUGAAAUCAGACAGUUUAACUUUUUAAAACCAGAACAGACCGAACCUCCUGUCCUACCUCUGUUUUCUGUGUGUGCGUGUGUGUGUGUGUGUGUGUGUGUGCGCACAGUUUCAAUUAAACAUCUUUAUGGGCUCUCUCUCUUUUUUUACAGCCUGCUCUGUGUUUACUCCUCACAGUCACACUGCUGGAGUGUUUUACUGUCCUGUGUGUACAUGAACAUAAAUCUUCAUCCACUCAGACACACACACACACACACACACACACAGACUGGAGCUACAGACCGUCUUCAGUCGUCCACCAAUUCCUACAUGAUCUGUUUGUGAGGCGGAUUACAGACAUCAGGAAUCAGGAGAACUCUCAAGAACCUGCAGAUUCACGUUUAAUCUCACGAUAACGAGUCGUCUCUCUAAAGACAGACACAUAGACAUAUAAGCAGUAGAUUGUGUCCUUCCAGAGGAGGAAAUCUACUUCUAGACUUCUAGAAUCAGCAUCUCCUCAUCCAUGGUGUCAUCGGGGUGAAAUGACGUCUAAAAACCUUUCACUUGUUCGUCGUUCGUGUUUUAUUUUGAAAAGAAGCCGGAUGUUUUAUUUUGUGUCUGUCCCCGACUUCCUUUCCAGCACGGGUUAAUCUGUGCUGAAUUUAUCCGCCAUGCUCCGGCGUCCAGAAAAAAUAGAACUCUUGUGAUCAGCUGAGGAGUCCGGCGAUCCGCAGAGGAACGGAAAGAAGUCGGUGUAAAUUGACACGUUAACUUGAAUGGUUACGAUCAGCUACGAUCGGAGGAUACGACCUUUUAGGAGACGAUCAGGAUGAAGGUGGAGGUCGGGGGUCAGACAGCAUCAGCUCCAGAGGGUUCGACGACUUCACCUCAGAAAUAAGACGGCGCCACAUUCAGUACAGGGAAAUAGAGACUGGGGGCGGGACUCUUUGACCUGUUCUGCUUUUUCGACCAAUCCCUGAACUCUGUGAACUCUCUGAAGUUGGUUUCCUUUCAAACCAAACCCCUCCCGGGUCAGAGUCCAACAAAGUUCUGCUCCAUCAAACAUUCGGUUUGUUCAGAGACUCCAAAGAAGAAACUCUUUGUCGUCGGAAAAGCCAUGUUUGACGCCUUGGCAGGACGUCUGCAGCGUGCGUCAGGGUUUAUGGCUUCUGGUGUUGGCGCUGACAUCAUCAGUGUGAGACAAGACCGGGGGGAAUAAAACUGUCCGGGGGGGAGAGAAAGGGGGAGGAGGGGUGUUGUGAUUGGCACAAGUGGGCAGGGGAGGUUAUGACUCAGCUCGUUCACAGAGCACGCCCAGAGCGGUCAGACACGUUAGCAUAAAAACACACACUGAGAGUGUUUAGAGGUUAUUAGAGAGGAAUCUGUGUGAGGUAGAUCUACGCCCUGCAGGUGUGUGUGUGUGUGUGUGUGUGUGUGUGUGUGUGUGUGUGUGUGUGUGUGUGUGUGUGUGAGAGAGUCGAACCCGAACUAAAGUCCAACUAAACUCUGAGACAGGCCGCUCACUCCUCUGAGCCCGUACCUGCAAGAGAGGCUGUGAAGAGGAGGGAGGCAGUGAGCGCACGCACGCACACACACAUACAUACACACACACACACGCACACACACACACACACUCUGGACUUGUUUAUCCAUCCAUGCAGAACCAGACAUGGAGCCUUACAAGCUCCUAAUCAAACACAUGUACCCCCCUCCCUCUCAUGAGCGCUGACCUGGCGAUGAACCGUUCAUUAUCUGCUGCUCGGUGCAAACGGCAGCUUCACACACACACACACAGACACACACACACACACACACACACACACACACACACGCUCUGAGCCCAUCGAUCUGUGGUGUAAUGUUUGCUGGAGUAUCUGCUCCACAUGCAGGACCUGAAGGAAGAUCAGGGAGUUUAAUGCAGGAAUAAGACUUUUGUAUCCGUUUGUACCCGACAUGACAGCAUGAUAAUAACAGGGUAAUAACAGGGUAAUAACAGGGUAAUAACAGGGUAAUAACGGGGUAAUAACAGGGUAAUUACAGGGUAAUUACAGGGUAAUUACAGGGUAAUAACAGGGUAAUAACGGGGUAAUAACAAGGUAAUAACAGGGUAAUUACAGGGUAAUAACAGGGUAAUAACAGGGUAAUUACAGGGUAAUAACAGGGUAAUUACAGGGUAAUAACAGGGUAAUAACAGGGUAAUUACAGGGUAAUAACAGGGUAAUAACGGGGUAAUAACAGGAUAAUAACAGGGUAAUAACAGGGUAAUAACAGGGUAAUAACAGGGUAAUUACAGGGUAAUUACAGGGUAAUAACAUAUAUGUAAUACUGAAGCAGUAACACUGUAAGUGCAGUAUUUACUAAGUCCUGACUUGAUCAAAUCAAAGUUCAUAUUUGAGACAGAAGUUUGUAUGUUUGGAGAAUAACGGCCCCAAAUCUCAGAGUAAUAAUGAGCACUGAAUAAAAUAUUCAUUAAAUCUGUGAAUCUGUGAUGGUCUCUGAGUUUGGUAUCUGAUCGUUUAACUUCAACCUCUGAUAAAAAACUUUACAGACAAUAAUAACUCAGUGUGUGUUAAUAACAAACAGAGUUCAGCUCCAAACAGGCAGAAAAAACACGUAAAUAUGAAUAUGAAGAAUCUCUAUAAUGACGUGUUUCUGCUGUGAGAGGAUCCUCCAGGUUCUGAACACAGAAACAGACUGCAGGUGUUUGGUGAACAGGUAACUAAACACAGGAGCUGAUGAUCAGCUGAUGAUCAGCUGAUCCGGAGCUGAUCAGCUGUUGUCAUCAUUAUCAUAAGGGAUGUCUCAUGUCUCAUGUUCACUCUCUCCUCUCUCCUCUCCUUGAAGGGACGCAGAGAGACGACGCUGGUGAGGGAAGGAUGGACACGAGUUUAGAGAGUAGAUGGAAGUGAAGCAGCCAACAUGGCUGACGGCGAGAAGACGAUGAUUGAAUCUUCAUGGUUGUGGUCGUUUGUAUUUCAGGAUCAUUUCAGAGUCUCCAAACAUGAGCUGAUCUUCAGUUUAGUAUUCAGAGUCUCAGAGUUUAGGGGGGGGUGAUGUUCAGGAUUAAAGCGGUCACUUGGCAGCUUUGUUAAACUUUAUGUCACCCCCCACCCCACCCCCCGGCUCAGGCUGGUGGGCUCUUAUCUCCAGUGAACGUGGGCUCCUCCAGCUUCACACAAAGCCUGCUGUUGACAUUCCAGAGGACCGAGCCUUGUGCAAACACACCAGGCCCACCAGAUGGCCGGGCGAGGGAGGACGGGGCGAGGGCGAAGGACACAGACGAGGAGGAGGAGGAGGAGGGACAGGAAGGAACCACAAACCAGGAGGAACAUCACUUUAGACACCAAAAUGUCAAGAUACCCUCCGGAUCCUUCAGCCCGUCACACCAGCAGAGGGUCUCAGAGUUUGGACUCAUGGACUCAGUGACAUGA